AUGGCCGCCACGCGCAACGUCGCUGCUAUGGCGACCCUACGAAGGCCUGCGCCACCGACGCCGCACGGCACCACCUCGUCAUCGGCCUCCACCCUCAACGCCAUGCUCGACAAGUCCUCCACUUCCACCGCCUCCACCUCCUCCUUGUCGUCGUCUUCGUCGGCCUCGUCAUCACUUUCUCCACAACAGCCGCCGGCGCCGCCCACCGCGGCCAAGCCCCGCCUCGCUCGGCCCGGCAAACCACUGCCCGGUCUGCCGCCCACGCCCGUCGGCCCAGCGGCCACCGCCGCACCCGCUGCCACCUCAACACCCGACCCGUCCACUCCCCGGCAGGAGCAGGAGCAGGAGCCACAGCCCGCCAGCGACGCUGCCACCUCUACGCCAGCGCCGCUGGCCAGCGCCUCUUCCAAACCACCGGUGAGCGAGGCGGCCGCGCCUAUGCCAACGCCGGCGGCCGAUGCUGCUGCUGCUGCGACAGAGACUGAGUCGUCGAGCGAUGGCGCUGCGGCGGGAGGCGCAGCUCCGUCGUCUCCCUCGCCGCUGGCGCGGCCGCCGGCACUGACCGCCAAGAAGCCGCUCGUGCCCGCACGUCGGCCGGGCUCGCAGACCAUCUCCUCUUCGCCCGCCGCGCCUUCUUCGCCCGCCACCGUCCCUCACUCCCCGCUUGCGUCUUCGUCGUCUUCAGCGUCGACGUCGACGUCGGCGAGUGAGAACUCCUCACCGUCGACGCCGACGCCUUCGCUGAAGCUGACGCCGUCGUCGCCGUCAUCGUCGGGCGACACGAUCCCCACGUCGGCCCACGCGGCCAACCACCAGCAACAGGUGAUGAAGUCAGCAGACUCGCCUCGGGCGUCAGCGAUGGCAGGCGCUGACGUCAGCAAAUCGACGGCGGCUGCGGCCGAGCAGGCCUGUCAAUCGCCCCGGCGGACCUCCGGCGGCGGCAGCAGUGGCGGCAGCGGGCCGUCGUUCAUGCCGGGCCUCGGCUCGACGAUCUCGACGUCGUCGCUCCUGUCCGUGUUCUCGUCGUCAUCGGCCGGCGCGACCGUCGACGAUCUCGAGAAGCGGCUGCGCAAGGUCAAGGAAAAGCGCGAGAAGCUGAUCAAGGAGCUCAAGCGGCUCGACGACGAGGAGAAGGAGCUCGAGGAGAAGCUUAAGGAGGCGCUCGAGGACGGCGGAAGCGGAAGGAAGAAGAGCUCGCGACGCGGCUCGCAGAUCGUGCGUGUCGACAACAGCAACAGCAACGGGGCCGCGACGCCUUCGCUCGGCUCCGCGUCGUCUCUCACCCUGGCCUCGCCCGGCGGCGGCGGCGCGGCUGGCAGCAGCGGAAGCGCCGUCGGCUCGCUGGGAUCGGCGGGUUCGGGCAUCAGCGGCGCCGGCGGCACCCUGCACCGCCGCAUGGGCAGCCUGGUGGGCAUGACCAAGGGACCCAAGAAAAAGAAGAAGGGCUCCACGCUCACGCUCUUCAACGACAAGGACAAGGAGCAGCGGGAGAAGGCCGACGCCGGCGCGCCGGGGCCGCCCUCGGGCGGCAGCUCGGCGAGCGCACACGACAUCAACGCGCCUCGGCAAUUCUAUUGCAACCGAGCCGGCAGUGUGACGUUCAAGGUGGAAAAGAACUGGGACGUGGCGUCGGCGCCGCCGAUCAAGAAGUACGCGCGCGAGGUGCGACGCAAGAAGACGAUGCUCUACAUCGACUCGACCAGCAUCCAGGUCAUGGUGCCGGAGGAGAAGACCGCCAAGUUCCCGCUGGCCGACAUCAAGCACGUGGGCCACAGCGUCAAGCAGUUCUACAUGGUCGUCGGCAAACCCCGACGCAAGAACGUCGAGAUGUUUGAGUUUAAGACGAAAGAGGGCCAAGACAUAUUCGAUUGGGUGGUGGCCCUCAAGAACGAAGAGAAGAGGCAAAAGGAAAAGGAGAAGGAAAAGGAGAAAGAAAAGGCCAAGGACGCCGACGCGGAAUCGCAGGCCCCGCCCCAGUCCCAGCCGGAUGGCGCAGAGCAGAAGGCGGACGUCGAUAGCAGCGCCGCCACGAGCGAAGCCCAACAGGCCGAGGUUCCCACGCCCGAGCCAACGGCUGCCGCACAGGCUCCUGCGUCAGACCGAACCGAUCUUGUCAGGUGGUCGGUGGCAUUCAUUGCGCCGAUCGUGCUCGACAAUGACACACAAGAAGCCGACGAUGGUGACGAUGAGGAAGACGCUGACGAAGAAAGCAGUGGCUCUAGCAUCAUCCUAGGCCGCGGAGAAUCGGAGGAGGACACGGGGGAGUUGACCAUUUCGUCGCCUCAGUCCAUUCCCAAAUCCCCGACACCGGCCAAGAAGGUGGACAUUCACCGCGAGACGCUGCUCGAGCUGCUCGCCACCGAGCGCAACUACAACGCCGACCUCGACCUCGUCGUUGAGGUGUGGAUGGCCAAGCUCAAGGAGUCGAGGAUGGUGGAGCCUGCCGACAUGUCGGCCAUCUUCUCCAACAUCGAACAGAUUCGAAACCUCAACAAGGUGCUGUUCAACUCGCUGGAGGGGCUCGACACACUCCCCAUGGAGUCCCUCAACGUGGGCGAACGGUUCCAGACCUUCAUCGCGUAUCUCAAGCUGUACACCCAGUACUGUUCCAACUACGAGAUCGCCCACUCCCGUCUCAUCAGCCUCAAGGAGGCCAAGUGGGAGCUGCCGCCGUUCCUGGAGUCGAUUCAGUCGCGCAAGGAAUGCAAGAACCUCGACCUGGAGAGCUACCUCAUCAAGCCCAUGCAGCGCCUCACCAAGUACCCUCUGCUCAUCCAGGCUCUGUUGAGGCACACGCCGCCGACACACCCGGACUACGACAACCUGGCCCGAUGCUACGACGGCGUGCAGAAGGUGGUGCUGACGGUCAACGAAAACAAACGGAAGAACGAGAAUCUGACCAAGCUGGUCCAGAUCCAGCAGCAGUUCCUCGAGCCCGGGCUCAAGCUCGUGGAGGCCACGCGCAAGUUCCUCCGCGAGGGGACCUUCCCUCGCGUUGUUCUCGGCACCACCAUCAUCAAGAAUUGUACGGUGUUGCUGUUCAACGACAUCGUGGUGCUGGCGGUCAAGAAGAAGAACAAGUACCAGGCCAAGAGCGGUAAGAUCACCCUGCGCGGUAGCUACGUAUGGGAGGACCGAGCCGUCAAGUUCGGGUUCACCCUGGUGGGCCGGGAGGCCGCCGACAAGAUCACCACGAUGUGGAUGGACGAGGUGUCGCAGGCCCUGGUGCAACUUCCGCACAACUCGCUCAUCGGCGGAUCGUCGAGUCCCGCCACCGCCGAAAAAUUCGUGCGGUCCGAAGGCGGCAAAGAAUAA